GACGCCGCAUUAACAACAAGCAGCUUGAUAAUCAUUCCCAGGAAGAAAACCUAGAUAACCAACAACUCAGCUCUCUUCUCGAAUUCGUGAAAGAUAAAUGGAUUGAGGAGAACAUAAAGGUAAACACCCUGAAGGAAGAGCUCAAAAAAACUAAAAUUGAGUUGGAAAUGCAGAAAAAACAGCAAUUUGAAUCUGACGAUGGACAAGAUUUGAGACUCUGCAUUAAGAAAAGGCAGCGUGAUAAUAAUUCCCAGCAUGAAAUCCAAAGGCUCAGCUGUCUUUUGGAAAACGAAAAAGCUAAAUGGGUUGAAGAGACCCAAAAGGUAGCCGCCCUGGAGGAAGAGCUCCAAAAUACAAAAUUAGAGUUAGAAAGACAGAAAAUUCUCACAGACAUGUUGAUUAACAAGGACAAAGAAACCAAGAGAAAACUGGUGAAAAUUCAAAGCUCUAAUGACCCAGAAACUCUCAGCCCUGCGACCACCGCCUCCAAGGUUAACAAUGAAACGAAAUAUAAGACUGAGUUGGAGCAAAUGAAGGUCGCUUACCAAGAACUAAAGUCCAGAUAUGAAACAGACAUUUCUGCACUAAAGCAGAAAGCAGAAAAAUGUCAACAGGAGAAGGAGAAAAGAGCAAAGUCUGAUCUGCAGCUCAUUAAUGAACUCAGAGCUGAGAAGAACAACCAUCAGAAAAGGGCUCAAAACUUUGAAUCCCUGCAUCAAAAAUCCACAGAGAUGGUGAAAAACCUGCAAGGUGAACUAGAGAAGGUUCAGGAACUGAAAAAUAAGUAUGAUACCAACGUCUUUGCUCUAAAACGGCAUAAAGACACAUUCGAGCAGCAGCUUGAUAAAGAGACAGAAAUGAGGAACAGCCUUAGAGCUGAGAAGGACGCUCUCCAACAGCAAGUCAAUUCCCUUCAACAAUUGGACUCUCGGUGUGAGGGCAGUUAUAAAAGAAAGUUGGAGUAUCUGACAGCUGAGCUCGAAGACAGAGAUGACCUUGGUCCUCCAAAACGAAAAAUGGCCAGGCGCCAAGAAGCAAGAUCCCAAAAAGACUCCAUCCCUGCGAAAACCACUUCAGACCCUGCGUCCAUGGAUCUUGACGACCUGUCAGAAGAAAUUCCACUUACUGAUGUAACCCAGAUGGAGCUAGAUGAGUUUGUGGAGGAGAUGCUGAGAGAGGCAGAUAUUCUGGAAGAGGAAGCCCGCUCUUAG